GGCCUAAAGAAUAGAUUUAGCGAUUUAUUGUUCACUUUCACCUCACGGGCUGCUGAAGCAAGACGUGUUUUUGUUCCGCUGUCUGGUCUACCAUUCGCUUCCUGGACUCGCUCGGCUAGAAUCACUUCAGUUUGCCUGAGAAGGCGAUCCACGAGGUGUUGAAAUGAAGUUUUCGGCGAUCAUCGUUGCCGCCAUUUUAGGAUACAUCUGUUCCUGUGCAGAGGGUACUAGCUGUCGUCGACCAAGGAGUUUGCGGAAAGGACGUUACGAAUAUCAGAACAGUGCAGACUAUGGAUUGACGCAUCUCCCUGUGAAUUACAUCGUGCGCGCAGUGUGUGAGCCUGACGCAACGCUUGUAGGAGAUGAAUUCAUUAUCUGCCAGGACAAUGAACAAUGGAGCGAUUACCCAUAUUGCCAUGCUCCGCUGGUAUGUUUUCGUCUUCCUGAGAGCCCUGCCAACGGGUAUGUGCGCAUGCGUGGUAAAUCUGCAAGAAGCAUUGCUGUGUAUCGCUGUAACCCUGGUUUCGAGCUCCAUGGACAAAGAACGGUGGUCUGCAACGAGGCUACGGGUAGUUGGCAGGGAGAUGUACCUCGAUGUUUCAGACCUCCAUCAUGCCCUGACCCAAACGAACCAUCCGGGAUGCUAGCCUUGGUCCUUGAUGAAAGCUCUGGAAUCAAACGCGGUGAUCUCUACACCGAACGCACAGUAUUUAACUAUACCUGCCAAACAGGAUACCAUCUAACCGGGGACGUCACAAUCACGUGUCAGCAUGGCUCCUGGGAAGCGGAUGCGGAUGUACCGGAAUGCAACAAGAUCAUCUGUGCCCCACCCACCCUGGAACCCAUAGAGAAUGGUACACACAACAUUGAGAACAGGACAUACAAUGUUGGAGAAAUGGUGCAAUAUGAAUGUAACGAAGGGUAUCUCGUCGAUGGAAUAAGCUGGCAAGUAUGUCAGAGUCACGGUGGACCCAAUGGAAUAUGGUCCGAUAACGUACCAAGCUGCAAAGUCGCAAGGUGUCCCCAUCCGGGAUCCCGUCACCUUGACAACGGCGAGAUUUCUUUCUCGCCGAGAAACGGACAAGACGCCACGAAUUCUUGGCCCGUAGGAACGAUGAUGACCCUCAGGUGUCGGUCACAUCUAGAGCUGCUUGGGUCAAGUGAGAGGGUGUGUCAACCCGAUGGUCACUGGAAUGGUACUCUAACGUCAUGCCACAAUGAAGAGUACGACUGUCCAGCCUUGGGGAACCCCAUACACGGCUCUAAAGUCGGCUCUCCGCAGUACAGAGUAAACACCAAGGUCAAUUUUCGAUGCAACCAUGGUUAUGAGAUGGUGGGUUCCGAAGAGAGGAUGUGUACGUUUUCUGAAGAGUGGACUGGGGAGAUGCCAAGAUGCAUGGGUCGUGAUGAGUUCGACGAACUUUCUCGAGUGAUGAAUGGGCUAGGGAAGACCUUCGACGAAAUCGUCAUCGACGGCGGCUCUUUGGUGGGUCGAAAUGACACCAGCUCGAACUCAGGUUUGCGAAGAAAACGUACUAUUAAACUCUCUUCUGGUAUGGAUAUCUACUUUGCGUUUGAUGCGUCGAAUAGUGUUGGAAUUGACAACUUCAGGACAGGCAAGAGAUUUGCCAAGCUUCUAGUGGGAAAGCUUCAAGUGAAUACCUCGCCUGGUGGAACGCGUGUCGGGGCAGUCUCCUACUCGUCUGAAGCACGCAGAUUGUUCAACGUCAACGAUUUUACGACUACAGUUAAUGUAGUUAAUGCCAUCGAGGCGAAUGUCAAUUACACAAAUAAAGGAACAAAUUUGCCCGCGGCUCUCGAUACAAUCGGGGUAAUGAUUGCCGAAACAGCGGAAGAAUCUGGGUACAGCAGCAGGAAACGCAUUCUAUUUAUCAUAACAGAUGGUUUCAGUAACGUCGGUGGUGCCCCAUCGAAAAGCGCUCAACCACUAAAGGAAGAUGCGGCCCUCAAGAUACACUGCAUAGGAAUUAGCAGGAACACGGACAAGACAGCACUUGCCGAAAUCGCCUCUCCGCCUGUCAGCGAACAUGUAUUUUAUCUCUCGGAUUAUAAUAAGCUGGAACGCGCCGUGGAAGCCAUUACCUCUACCAACAGAUCUUACGAGGAAUGUGGAGAGUCAAAACAUCCGUCGGGGACGUCUCGCAUCGUUGGUGGUGAUAUAGCCGGUUCGGGGGUUUGGCCGUGGCAGGCAGCCCUUUACGAUGAAGACACAAAUGAUAUUAUUUGCGGGGGCUCUCUCAUUCACAAGAACUGGAUUUUGACCGCAGCACACUGUUUCAUUGGAGACCCAAUUCGUACGCUGAGCCAGAAUAGAACAACUGUUUAUCUUGGACUGACACACAGAGUGAAUGAUAUGCAUACUGGCCCAGGUGUUCGAUGUGAAGGAAUUGAUUACGCACCCGGACUACUUCAAGGACUCGACGACGGAGGAGACCACAAUGACAUCGCCCUCUUGCGUUUGGAUCGUGAAGCAGAGCUGGGUCCAUUCGUACGUACUGUCUGUCUUCCACCAAGUGACCCCAAAAAAGCUAAUUGGUUCGUGAAUCCUAAUGAGAGGACGGCUUACGUCACGGGGUGGGGUCGUAUCAAGACGGGAGGAGUGAAAUCGCAAGAUCUCUUGGAAAUCGGCAUACCACCGGUUCUAGAUAGUUUGUGUAGCAGCGAGCUGAGAGCGCGUGGGUUAGCUGUGGACACGACUACUGAAUUGUGUGCGGGAUCAGACGGGAGGGAUUCAUGCCAAGGCGAUUCAGGUGGCCCCAUGGUCGUGCAGCGGAACAACAUAUACAGGCAGAUCGGGAUCGUGAGCUACGGCGCCAUAUGUGGUGUAACCUACGGUGUCUACACCAGAGUCACACACUAUAUUGACUGGAUUAAGGGAAUCAUUGAUAACUAGAAAAUGUAAACAUUUAUCGUGAUCUAACAAACAAAAAACAUAGUAU